AUGACGACAGUCCGUAUUAUGAUUGCAGUUGCAUACGUUCGACAUUGGAAGAUUUUUCAAAUGGAUCUCAAGAAUGCUUUUUUGAAUGGUGAUGACCAUGAUGGUAUUGAGUCUUUGAAGCAUGAUAUAGCUCAUCGAUUUGCUAUAAAGGAUUUGGGCUUGCUGCGUUAUUUCUUGGGUAUUGAGUCUCCUACUGAUGGUGUUCCUUUGUCCGAUCCGAACCUUUAUCGCACUGUUGUGGGAAGUUUGGUUUAUCUCACAGUUACUCGUCCAGAUAUUGCCCAUGCUGUUCACGUUGUCAGUCAGUUUGUUACUUCCCCUACCUCUGUUCAUUGGGGUGCCGUUCUCCGUAUUAUGAGAUAUCUUCAUGGCCCUCAGUUUCAGACGCUCUUGUUUCCAGCGACGUAUUCUCUUAAGUUACGUGCAUAUAGUGAUGCUGAUUGGAAUGGUGAUCGCCAUGAUCGUAAGUCCACCACUGGAUUUUGUGUAUUUCUUGGAGAGUCUCUCAUUUCGUGGAAGAGCAACAAAACAGGACGUUGUCUCUAG